GUCAGCGGAAGUUGUACCACGAACGAUAACUCCGACUAAUUCAUUUCUUCGUCUCGUGAUUUUCAGAACAUUUGAAGGUCCUCCUUAAAUUAAAAGAAUGUCUUCGGCAGCGAAAGGAAAACUUAUGGCUGUAAUUGGAGAUGAGGAUACCUGUGUUGGCUUCCUCCUUGGUGGAAUUGGUGAACUCAACAAGAAUAGACAACAGAACUUUCUGGUUGUUAAUAAAAACACCAGUAUCAGUGAAAUAGAAGAGUUUUUCCGUGCAUUAUUAUUGCGUGCAGACAUAGCAAUUAUUCUGAUAAACCAAAAUAUUGCUGAAUUAAUCCGUCAUGCUAUUGAUUCGCACACUUUACCAAUCCCUGCUGUCCUAGAAAUUCCAAGUAAAGAUCACCCCUAUGACCCUAGUAAAGAUUCUAUUCUUAGAAGAGCCAAGGGUAUGUUUUCUGCUGAAGAAUUCCGAUGAUACCAAUAAUUUUGAUCUUGUUACCUUGAGCUACUGUGGUGCUUUACAUUCAAAGGGUUAUAUUUCCUUCACUAUGGCAUCCUUUAAAGUUCUACAUUCCUGAAAGAUUGGCUAUGAAGAUUUGAUAUUGAAAUUUCAUUCCUUAGAUUAGUUACUGGUGUCACCAUUGGAUACGUUGAAGGAAUAAUAAUAAUUAUGACAUUAAUCAAGAUGAAAGAUAAAUAUCAAAUUGUUGGUUUAUUGUUCAUCACAAAUUGAAUAUUUUCUUGUUUAUGUUAUUUCUUUUUUGAGUCAUUUUUUGUUUUUCUUUUUGAGGUAUUUUUAUAAUUUGUUAUUUUUUCCUGAAAAUAAAACACAACUUUGCCACUCCUAGAUGAGAUAUAGACUUAUCAAAGUAAUGUCAAUGUUUUGUUUGUAUUUCUCUGUUUGUGUACAUAGACCUGUAACAGUAUUGGUCUGAAUCAAAUAGAUAUUCAGACUGUUUUGUACUUUGGUGCAGUAACUGCACUAUAUAGUGUUGUGAAGAUUUAAUAAAUAUUGGAGAAAAAUAA